AUGGUCUAUGCCUUGGAGAUGUUGGCCUUUGGCUGCAAGGCUACAGCGCGCACAGCGGGGGUUCAGUCUGUGUCCGCGGCUCGCCCGGUGGGGCAGCUGCUAGAGGGCAGGAGCGCUCCCUCCCUCCGCGCUUGCAACCUCAGUGCCCGGCCGGUAGUAGCAGCGUCCCCCGCCUUUAGCUCUGGGACGCCGCACAAGCGGAGCCCCCAGACAGCACCUGCGCGCAGCCGCCCUGCGGGCUCUGUCAAGGUUCGCCGCCCCCAGCCGCCAGCCCCGCCCCCCGCCCCCUGCCCCACCGCAGAUAAAGAUGAAGCGAUUCCCCGAACGGAGCAGAGGUCCGGCCCACGGCGGCUCCCCAGCCAGCCCCAGCUUCCCCAGGGCCUUCUGCUUGUUCCCUCUCUCCCGAAGGCCGAGAUGUCCGGCUCCCUCGUCCCGGUUCUCCUCUUCGCCGCCGCCCUGGUUCCUGCUGGCCGGACGGCCGUCGCCCUGGAGCAGAGGCCCAUCUCCCUCACCCGAAAUGCCAAGCAGUCCGCCAGUCUGAACUGCAAGAUUCUGAACCCCGUCUCCGAUUACGUCCACUGGUACCGCUCCCAGGAGGGCAGGGCCCCCGAGCGGCUGCUCGUCUACUCCAGGAGCAAGUCCGAGUCCGUCCCGGACCCAGGAUUCAGCGCGGACAAAGUGCGGGCUUACAAGGGGGCGGACGACACCUGUAGACUGAUAGUGAGUGACCUGCAGGUGAGCGACUCUGGGGUGUAUCACUGCGCCAGCUGGGACGGACCACAGCGGCACGCGCGGCGCAGCCCCCCAGCAUAAAAUCUCCUCCGCGAUAGCUGGCGCUUCCAGCCAAGCCCCCAAGUCACUAAAGGCUGGGCCCCCGGAGCCUUCACUGCACUUCAAGCCCCAGGACAAGCCCGGGAACGUUGGCCAAAUGCUGGAGAGCUGGCGUCCCCGAGGUUGGUGGAACCCACUCCUUCCUCCGCUUACACUCUGCAUGGCACUGCCUUUGAAUUCAAAGCACUUGGGUUCAAAUCCAGUCCUAAUGUGUACUCCUUGUGGAGGAGGGAGCAGCCAGGUAGUACAGUGGAUGGAGGGCUGGGUCUGCAGUCUGAGAGACCCAGACUCAACUCUGACUAGCAAGUCUCUUAACCUGUGUUUGCCUCAGUUUCCUCAAAAUGAGAAUAUGAAUAGCACCACUCUCCCAGGGUUGUUGUCAGGAUCAAAUGAGUUAAUAAUUAUAAAGUGCUUAGCAUGAUGCCUGGCACCUAAGUACUUAAUGAAUGGUAAUUUAAAGAAAUAUUUUACUUCCCAGCUGUGUGACCCUGAAUAAGUCACUAAACCCCCAAUGCCUAGUCCUCACUACUCUUCUGACUUGGAACCAAUAAACAGUAUUGAUUUUAAGAUAGAAGGUCAAGGUUUAACAAAAUACAAAUGAAAUAAAAUUUUAUUUUCCCACUA